GUUAUGGAGGCAAUCGAGGAAGCCAAGAUGCAUCAGUACACGAGGGCACAAACUGGUAGGCGAGGCGGCAGGGGUAAAUGACUGAAGAGAUGGCGGGAGUGAACGACUGAAGAGAGUACACACGACUCGGAAUGUUCCAAGACUCACGGCACGACCAAACCCCAAAUGCGAAGAACUGUCUAUCUUUCUGACAUCUAAAAGAGAGCACUACUUAUGCACCAAGAGAGAAAUGUGUUGACAAGGUAAAAGACGUGAAAGUACCGCGGACAGAACUGGGCAGUUGCGAACCCACGGCACGCAGGCCACUCACUACACCCCUCCUGCUCUUUUGCUUUAAUCCGCGAAAUUUCCAUGCUGUUUGCGGGCGGGCGGAGCUGCAACUGGUACGUCGGUACCCCAAGAGCUGGAGAUCCCGAGCCACAUGUGGACACUGUAGCGCCUGUAGCGCCAAUCAAGACUUCGUGCUGCGAUAUCGAAACGUUCUCUCUUGAUGCGCUGCUCGGUUCAAUCAGCUGUCAAUUGGCCACAUCGAGGAUACCUUCACCAUUGAGAUCGUAUUAGUCGACGAGUCUAUCAAAUGCCGUGGACACUCAGUCACUCCCUUCAAUCACUCACUCACUCACUCAAUCAAUCAAUCGAUCAAUCAAUCAAUCCAUCAAUUGAUCAAUCGAUCAAUUGACCGGACGACGCACUCAAAUGUUCCAUGACGCCUCGGGUUUUCGGCAGAUGGACAUUUGAUAUUGCGUGUGGGAUAUCGAUGCUGGUGGCGGUGCGUUGUGUCGUUGCGGGCGGUUAUCUUUCAGCAAUAUAUUUCAGGAAUAUAUUGUGCUGAUCGACUUGAUCGGAGGACGACCCGAAAUAGGCCAGAGUCGAGAGUAGCAGCUAAAGAUAAAGGACGUGUGCAGGGCGCGGGGAAGAAGAGCCGGUAGGUAGGUAGGUGGCUGGCGGGAGGAAGCUGGAAGGGGGUAGGUACGUACGUGGCAAGGACGUGACAGGAGAAGGCGCCGGUCGCGCGACCAGAUUCAGGAGAGGUCGAGAGUUAGCUUAAAACAAAGCACGCACGUGCAG